UUCCGGCCGGUAUUCCCCGUAAGCCUGGUAUGACUCGUGACGACCUCUUCAAGAUCAACGCUGGUAUCGUGCGAGACCUGGCCAAGGGUAUUGCCGAGUUCUGCCCCAAGGCCUUUGUUCUGAUCAUCUCAAACCCUGUUAAUUCCACUGUACCCAUCGCCGCAGAGGUGCUCAAAGCUGCUGGCGUCUUUGACCCCAAGCGCCUCUUUGGUGUCACCACUCUGGAUGUCGUCCGUGCAGAGACCUUCACACAGGAGUUUUCGGGCCAGAAGGAUCCUUCCGCUGUCCAGAUUCCGGUUGUGGGCGGCCACUCUGGCGAGACCAUCGUCCCCCUUUUCAGCAAAGCUACCCCCGCAAUCCACAUCCCUGGAGACAAGUAUGACGCAUUAGUCCAUCGCGUCCAAUUUGGUGGAGAUGAGGUGGUUCAGGCUAAGGAUGGCGCUGGUUCCGCCACCUUAUCUAUGGCCUAUGCUGGCUACAGGUUUGCCGAGAGCGUCAUCAAGGCCUCGAAGGGCCAGACGGGUAUUGUUGAACCUACCUUCGUCUACCUUCCCGGAAUCCCUGGCGGUGAUGAAAUCGCCGAGGCAACUGGCGUAGACUUCUUUUCUACUCUUGUAACCCUUGGGACCAACGGCGCAGAGAAGGCUAGCAACGUCCUCAAGGGUGUGACCGAAAAAGAGAAGAAGCUUCUCGAUGCAUGCACAAAGGGCCUCAAGGGUAAUAUCGAGAAGGGCAUCGACUUCGCCAAGAACCCACCACCAAAGCUUUGAAGCAUGAGACGAUUAUGAAGACGAAUGGAUGAGCGUGGCGUCGUGUCAUGCCGUGUAGGAUUGUGGGAGAAGAUAGUACGGACUUGAAGAAAUAGAUUGUUAUCCUCGUAUCUGCAGACGUUCGUCUCUGUGCACCGUAGGCGCGGGAAGAAAGAGCUGUGACCGCAUUUUAGAGCAUGAGUUGACGCUGUUGCCUAGUUCAACUCGUGCUGGACUAGAGCUUCCUUACAAUUCUGCAGCAUGGCUGUAGGGUUGUCUGCCCUACCCAUAUAGACAGGCAUUUCGGAUACAUACAGGUCAACCGUUCACAUUCAACUUAUGAUUUGGGUUGAACUGUCUUGAUCUGAAAUGUUGCCCCCGGAAGCUCACCCGUCUCCGCCUGAACAGUAGUAUUAAUCCCCAGGUUUGAUAGAGCGCCGCGAAUGACACCACACGGAAACCAUAGGUAC